CAUAGGAACAAGACUGCGGGGCUAAAUGUGGAACAAAUGUGGAGUAAUCGCCAAUCUUAACUGGAUUUGCGACAACUUAAACUCGCCCCACGUAGUUCAUGUGAAAGCUUAUUUUCGCGGACCCGACCGCGUACACGUCGACGCGACUUGACUCGUACUGCACUUGACCCUUCUCCAAAGUCCAUUGCUCCCUGUUCUUGGUUUCUUACUGCUUCUCCAUGUUUGAAUUGUAUUCGCCCUCAUACGUAAGCUCUCCCGUAUACAGUACCCCUGCAGGAGACGAGUCUUCGUCUAAGUUUUUCGUGCAGCGAAAAUUAAAUUCGGCUUUUGAUGAAUUGGCCGCUAACCAGCAUGUACAACUUUCCCAAGGUCAGAAGCGACCUUCUGCAGCUGUCAAAAAGGUGCGAAGAUGUGGGCUGUGUCACGAAGCUGGUCAUAAUCGUACUUACUGUCCUCACCGUGAACAAGCGAAUCCCUCGUCUUCCAGCCAACACAGGCCCCCUGUCGCUAGUGAUUUGUCCAUUGAUCGAUGGGUAGUGCGGAAUGAGAAUUCGCAGGCGUCUCAACCGCUUGCAGCGAGUCAAUUGUUCUCUUUACAACAAGCGAAUGUCGUUGAUAACAGUGCCGAAAACGUAUGGUCGGCUGCAAACGGAAACCCACCAUCUGAUCCCGGUUCGCUACCGAGUAUUACAAGCUCUUUCAUCUUGCCACCUGUACCAUUAUAUGACUCGUCCGGCGUCCAAGGGACUGAUUUGCUGCACUUCAACUUGGGUCCUUCUGAUCCCGUGCUAGAAGCCCCACCUGCCUCUCAAUCAAUUACAACGAACUCUUCAUGUGAAAACGGGCAGAACACAUGCGUGUCGACACCAAAAACUUCAGCUGUUCCGAGUUACACUCGUAGAGGUCCUUCCGAGAAAGUUAUGGUUCAUUUUGAUGAUGAAGACUCUGCUGAAUUUGAGUAUAUCUUCGGCAGCACACAAACCUUUUCCUCCUCCACUCACAAAGGCGGAAAAGGAUCAAAUUCAAAACGUCUUUGCUUCACCAGGUCUCAAUUGCGAGAAGAGUACGACUGUCUGCUCGCGUUGCUUCAACCCGAUUACACACCACGUAAUGCACAGGAACGUGAACGUUGUCUUCACCUGCUCAAUGGAAUACUAUGUCGCUAAAGAUAUACAAGAGGAGCGUGAAGACAAUCGCCAUCAUGUGUUUACUCGUUUGAUCACUAAUUUGUCCAUUAAAACCGACUGUAAAACUUAUUCUCCCUGUAUCUAUGAACGCUUUACGUUUUCCUUCCUAAAUCUUAAUUGCUAUAUGAUGAACCAUGUCAUGAAAACAAAUCAUUAAAUUUCCUAAACCCUAUAUGUCUUGUGUAUUUUCCCUAUUAAUGUACUCAUUUAUCCGCAGGUUUUUUCUUGCCUUGCUUCAUAAUUUUUAG